CUAAACUACACGGAAACUAUACCGGCAAUAUUUUAUGCUAUAUCAGGAGUAUUGUCUUGUCAGAUAGCGUCAUGAGCUCAGCCUUAUGCAGGAGUGUGGCACAAUCAAAUAUGCAUUCUGCUAUCCAAAGGAAGCAUGGCUUAUUAAAUUGAUAACGAAGACGUCACAACUACGAUCCCCUGGUUCGUAUCUCGAUGAGAAAUUGGCGGUUGUGGAGUUGGAGGUCGGCCAUAUCACCCUCCCACGAUAAAGACUCUCUGUACCGAACCUGAAGCUAUAUCCUUAAUCUACUCUUGAAGAGCAAUACAGUCUCAUAUUGCAUAUCCACAUUUGUCUACCAAUCUCCGAUCCCUUCAUUCGCUCAACAUCAUGGGCGGAGGUCCAAUUAGUCCAUCAUCAAAACUUAUCCCCGGCGCCCCUCUCACUCUUCGCCGCGCAACUAUAGAUGACUUGGACGACAUAACCUGGAUAUGCGUAAAUGGCUCCUCCGAUGAUCCAGGUACCGAUUACAGAUUCCCAUACCGUGAUAAAUACCCAGAGGACUUCUGGAAGUGGACAAGAAUCGAGCACGAGGAAUUAUUCGAACGACCUGAUAAACUAGUCAUCCUUGUAGUCACAGCACCUGUGCUUGAUAAUGGAGAAGUAAUCCAUCAGCCUGUUUCUUACGGGGUAUGGGACUUGAAAGUCACAAGCGAUUUCAUACCAGGAGACCACGGUAUUAAUGAGCGUCGCGACGUAAACAAAAAGCACAUGGAAGCCUACGCCAAAGCCCUCCCAGCCGGCCUCAAAAAGUACUUCAAGCAAUUCGGCUCAGAGCAAAUUCCUUUAUGGGAGGUCGUUACACAUCCUGACUUUCGAAGGAGGGGAGCAGCUAGUAUGAUAUGCGAAUGGGGACAGAAAGAAGCAGAUAAGGAUGGGAAGAGUUUAAGUUUGUUGGCUACGCCUAUGGGGAAGGGAUUGUAUUCUAAGUUGGGGUAUCAUGUUCUGGGGAGUGUUGUGCAGGUUGAGGGGGAGGAGGAGAGGGUUGUUGUUGAUGCUACGGUUAAACACAAUAAGUGAGUUUGAGGGGAUAUUGGCCAGGAAUAGGGCUUGACAUGGAAUUUUAGUAUGAG